AUGGUUGAUGAUGGACGUAACUCCUGUGCGACAACAACAACAAACAAUUUUAUAGGUCAACAUAACUUGAAGCGAACACACGAUAAAGUUGUAUUUAAUGAUGGCACUGCAGCAGGUGUUCUAAACAAUCUCAAGGGCUGUACACGUACUAUGAAUUUGCAUGAAGCAGAUGUAACGUUAAAAUCGUUGGGACUACUGCUGCCUUCUCCAACCGACUUAACAUCAACUAGAAUCGAUUCUUUUCGUUCAACUCUAAUGACGUUGCACGAAAAGCCUGGGAACUUUGUACGAGUUUUAAAAAAGGAGAACAUUAAUAUAACUGAUUCGAAGCUCAAUAUUUUUGGAGCUUCAACUGGGGAUAUAAGUGCGGCUGAAUUAGCUAGACAAGCAGCAGACAUGGCAGCUGAUGCAUUUUUUGACCGAUUUAUUUUAUGGCCAAUGGAUGGUGAGCCUAUUCCCAAUCAUAAUUGCAUAGCGUCUAUUGAUUUUUCAAGUUAUCCUCCUCUGGAACAAUUUGGCAUCUUAUGUGGUUUCUUCAGCAAUUUGUAUUUGGAUCUAGAAGAAGAAGGAAAGGGUAUUUUAGCUGAACAAUCAUCCAACUUCCGAUUAGCUGGAUCUCAAGAAGGCGUCAAGGAUAAUAUUUCAGCUCGCUUGAACAAAACCGCCUUGCUUACAUAUCGAUUUGCUGGACUUUGUGCCUUACUUGAAGCAGCCUUUGACAUCGGAACUGAAUAUAUUCAAGAAUACAUUACGUUUGGUACAGGUCAAGCUGAUUAA